AUGCUCAAGAACCAGACCAGUCCUAUGCAUGUCCCCGGGAAACUACAUAAUGUGGAACAUGUACUCAUUGACGUGGGAACAGGCUACUACGUAAAAAACGAAAAUGAAGAUGACAAGGACUUUUUCAAGAGGAAGACAGAUUUCUUCACCAAGCAAACGGAGAAAAUGCAGCCAGCUCUGCAGGAGAAGCAUGCCAUGAAACAGGCUCUCAUGGAGAUGAUGAGCCAGAAGAUUCAGUAGGUCACAGCCCUGGGGGCAACUUAGGCU